ACUUUACAACCUAAUCUUGUUGGAGGAAGAAUUGGCAAAACUAUUAUUUAUAGCUCACAAGUCAUAGAUCCAAUAAAAAAGGAAAGACUUCUUUAUUAAAAAUAUUCACAGGUGAAAUCAUCAUGAAUGGUCAACGUUCUCUACAUCUGGUGUACCGUUACAUUAAGUGACCAUCAGGUGCUGAUCGCCUUAUCGUACCCCAAGUCCAUGAGUCAUACGGGACGUAAACCAGGCGCUCAAUUUAGUGAGUGCUGUUCGGGUUUGUUGAAGGAGGCGGUGUUGCGGCUCCAGGACAGACGCUGAGCCCCGCGUCAUGGAGCACAUGUCCUCUCCCGUGAGGUUUCGCAGCGACAUCAGAGCGAGACUGGAGCGUUCCAGUCUGUCCAUUGAGGACGAGGAAGACCUGGCCCGCCCCCGCGCCACAAAGGACCUCCUCCCCACCAUGAGGGACCUCCCCCCCGCCACCAGGGACCUCCCCCAUCUUCCCCACUCCACCAGGGACCUCCCCCAACUCCUCCCUGCCACCAGGGCCCUCCCGCCGCCCCCCCGUCCCGAGGGGCCCCUCCCCGUCGGGGGCAAAGAAGGUGAACCGGAGCCCGAGCCGACAGGGGCCCCACACGCCACAGGGGCCCCGCGUCCGCCUGCGGCCUGCAGCCCUGCAGGCUCUGCCGUCCAAGAGACCCCUCCUCCACCCCUGAAGGCCCGCUGCUCCGCCCCAGAGACCCCUCCUCCGCCCUUGACCCCCCGCCGCUCCACCCCGGAGACCCCUCCUCCACCCUUGAUCCCCCGCCGCUCCACCCCGGAGACCCCUCCUCCACCCCUGAAGGCCCGCCCGCCCGCCCCUCCGCCCCGGAGACCCCUCCACCACCCCUGA